UCUCUUCGGUAGAGUCAGAGUAGUCAGUAAGAGAGAAAGGCACAGACUGUCUAACAACUGGUUUGUUCGGCUUCUUCAUUCUGAUGCAACCCACUUUACAUUUACUGUCAAAUUCCAAUUCUCAGCUGUCUUUUCCAUGGAAGAAACCUUACAAAACCCACCUUCUCACGCCCCAAAUAACCACACUUUCUAUCAGAACUGAAACCUCUCUUAAACCUUUCUCUCUUUCCAUUAACUUGCAGUCAUCCUUCGGCCACGAAUUCGAACCACCAAGUCAGGACACAUCAACAGAGAAGAAGGCCUCUGCUCCGACGCAACUUCCCAUUGUAGUCCACCGGUCCGGAACCGUUUAUCGUUACGUCUGGGAAGAGGACGAGUUGAAAUUAGUGUCGGCCGAUGAAGAUGGGGUUUCCCUAUCAUCUUUCUGUCUCGAUUUUGAAGAUGGGUUUCGGAGAUUGUUCAGAAUGUUCUGUUUGAAGGUUAGGAAUUUCUUCCUUCCGAGACAUGUUAGUGAGAAUUAUUUGGAAUAUGUGAAAUGGAAGCUCUUGCACAGGGUAUUCAGCUCUGCUCUUCAAGUACUUGCUACCCAGGCAAUGUUGAGAGCAAUAGGAAUUGGUCAUUCUCGUACACUUCCUUCGGCUGCAGCUUUGAACUGGGUAUUGAAAGAUGGGCUUGGUAGACUAUGCAGAUGUCUCUACACAGCUAGCUUAGCAUCUGCUUUUGAUACAAACUUGAAGAGAGUGAGGUUUUUGACAUCAGUUCUCUUCAGUUUGAGCAUUGGUGUUGAGCUUUUGACUCCUAUUUUUCCCCAUCACUUCUUGCUUCUCGCAUCUCUAGCCAAUAUCGCCAAACAAAUAAGUCUCGCUUGCUACCUUGCGACUGGUUCUGCUGUGCAUAGAAGUUUUGCCAUAGUAGAUAACCUAGGAGAAGUGUCUGCAAAAUCGCAGAUUCAAACUGUGUGCUUCGACAACCUAGUGAUGCUUGCUGCCACUUUGGAUAUUCUGCUCCAAAAAAAUCAAAGGUUGCAAGGAACUUUGCCCUUUCUUCUCUACCCAAUUUUUACAUUAUUUGACCUUUAUGGAAUUUACGAGGGGCUGAAGCAUGUUCAUCUGCAAACAUUAACAAAGGACAGACUCGAGAUUAUAAUGAACACUUGGAUUAGGCUAAGAUAUGUUCCUUCCCCUGCAGAAGUAAGUAACAAAGAAGGCAUUGGUUUCUCACUAGUGAAAGGGAGUGAUUCAGUAUGGCCCAUAAGAAUUGGUUUGUUGAAUCCCAAAGACAAAAUAUCGAAUUUGACAUCGGCUACAAUAUCCGUGAAAGAAAGUGACUUCUAUUUCAUAUGCUUGGAGGUUCCGGAAAAUUCUUGAGAUCAAAACAAGUUAAAACAAAUUCUGCUUUGCCUGCGGGAGGGUGCUUGUUCUUCAGAUAUUAUCAUGGGUGUAUUACAGGCUUGCUAUAUUCGCAAUGCAAUUUUGUCGGGCCGGAGCAGAUGGGAGACCAGCUUAGAAAAUUGCGACGCUCGGUUUUCUGAUUUAGAUAUUAGAGAAUGGUUUAAAUUGAUUGAGAAAACGAAAACCCUAACAAUUCAGGAGUUAACCUUAUUGACUGGAAAUAUGGUAUUGUUAGGAUGGACUACAAAGAACAUUUUGCUAAGUACAGAGGAGCAAAUUCGAUAUGAUUUUGCUUAGUACUGUCCAUAUCAAUUUCAGCUAUUAGCUCUGUAAUUUAUUAUUUUUAAAAUAUUGUUUGAGCCCUUUUUCCAACUGUGUUUCAAUACAAAGGUCUCACCUGCUGUUUCAA